CCUACACCCGUGUCCCACUCCCCCGACGUCCAACCCAUCUCACCCACUUUCGUCGGUCCAACAGGGUUCAACUCGCUGAACUACCCUCGCCCUGCACGCCCCGUCGUCGUGCCUAAUGGACUCAACAUGGAUGCCCACCUCGACCCCUCCCUGGAGCCGCACGGCGAUAUACCCAAUACCCCGCUCGCGGUAUCCCUGAUCUCCUUCUUCCUCGGUGCGGUCUUCUGCGCUGGACUGGCGCUGCUUGCCGCCCCGCCGAACUACUGGUGGGCGGGCAGGGAACUGGGGUUUUAUAUUGCCUGUUGGGCGGGCUUUCAUUGGGGCGAGUUCGCGGUGACCGCAGAGUGGAACAAGUCGAGGUUGACGGUGGACUCGUUCUUGCUCAACAACUUUGCGGAAUAUCAUUAUGCGCAUGGGGUUGCGCUGUUCGAGUACUUUGUUGAGCGCUGGUUCUGGCCGGGGAUGAAACAACACUGGCAGCUCUCGGUGCUUGGAAUGGUCAUCACCCUCCUGGGCCAAGCGCUGCGGAGCAUGGCGAUGGUACACGCAGCAGGCAACUUCUCCCACUGGGUAGAAACACGGCGAACACAAGGACACGAGCUCGUCACAACCGGCGUCUAUGCCUGGAUCCGGCACCCUUCAUAUGCCGGGUUCUUUUACUGGGCAUUGGGGACGCAGAUUGCGAUGCUUUCCCCCGUUAGCUUCGUAGGGUUUUGGGGGAUCAUGUACUGGUUUUUCUCGAAGCGAAUCCGGGUGGAAGAACGGUUCCUCGUCUUCUUCUUCGGAGACGAAUACAGGACAUACCGCCAGCGCGUCGGCUCGGGCGUGCCGUUCAUCCGGUGA